AUGAGCUCUGAUGCAGAGAUGGCCAUUUUUGGAGAAGCAGCUCCCUACCUGUGGAAAUCAGAGAAGGAGAGAAUCGAGGCUCAAAAUCGCCCAUUUGAUUCUAAGAAAGCUUGCUUUGCAGUGGAUGAUAAGGAAUUUUAUGUGAAAGGUAUGAUCCAGAGCAAGGAAAAUGACAAAGUCACAGUCGAGACCCUCGACAACCGGACACUCACUCCGAACAGUGACCAAGUCUUCCCCAUGAACCCUCCCAAAUUUGACAAGAUCGAGGACAUGGCCAUGAUGACCCACCUACACGAGCCAGGAGUGCUGUACAACCUCAAAGAGCGUUACGCAGCCUGGAUGAUCUACACCUACUCAGGCCUCUUCUGUGUCACCGUCAACCCCUACCAGUGGCUGCCGGUGUACAACCCUGAGGUGGUGACGGCCUACAGAGGCAAAAAGCACCAGGAGGCCCCGCCCCACAUCUUCUCCAUCUCUGACAACGCCUAUCAGUUCAUGUUGACUGAUCGAGACAACCAGUCCGUCCUCAUCGCCGGAGAAUCCGGGGCUGGGAAGACAGUGAACACCAAGCGUGUGAUCCAGUACUUUGCAGCAGUUGCGGUCACUGGGGAGAAGAGGAAGGCGCAGCGGCCCGGCAAGAUGCAGGGGACGUUCCUUCGCAUUCAUUUUGCAGCCACAGGAAAGCUGGUGUCAGCGGACAGUGAAACCUAUCUCUUAGAAAAAUCCAGGGUGGCAUUUCAGUUAUCCCAUGAGAGAGGCUAUCAUAUUUGUUACCAAAUCAUGUCAAACAAGAAGCCGGAACUUAUGGACCUGCUUCUCAUUUCAACCAACCCCUUUGACUUCCCCUUUGUGAGCCAAGGAGAGGUCACCGUGGCCAGUAUUGAUGACAGUGAGGAACUGUUGGCCACUGAUACAGGUAUAAUGAAGGAAGGAACCCCUCUGGCCCUCCAGGAGUUGCCUGGGAACCUAGUCUGCGAAAUACUUAUACAUCAAGAGAUGGCUCUGAGCUGGAAUUCUACAAAAGAAGAGUAGAGCAACCCAGUACAGCUUUAUACCCCCUCAGCCGCAGGAGGAGAAUGGCUGCAGGCUACUGAAAGCCAGCAGCAUUGACAAAUUAACUCCCCCCAGCCUUUGCCAAACUACAGUGGUACCUCUGAGUUCUCUGUUUCCUUCUCUAUUAUGACUCUUUUCUCAAUAAAUCCACAUUUCUUAAUAGAGUGUCACAGUGGAAGCAAAACAGACCUUCAAUUUUCAGACCUCAAUUUAUAAAGCAAAGGUUCUAGGGGUUUUG